AUGUCAACACCUUUCCAGAUUAUCUUUUCCUAUCAGAACCCUUUCUCCUAUGUUCUCCUGUUGUUCUUUUGUUGCUGGGGCCUAAAGUUGUUUGUAAACACAUCGUUAACAGGAAAUGGUUUUGAUACCAAAAGUGAUCCAACAAAAGCACCUCCUCCCAUUGAGAUACCUGAAUUGUCACUUGAUGAACUGAAAGAAAAGACCGACAACUUUGGGUCAAAAGCUUUGAUCGGUGAAGGAUCAUACGGGAGAGUAUAUUAUGCUAUUCUAGACAGCGGAAAACAUCUUGCUGUUAAAAAGCUUGAUACCUCAGCAGACCCUGAGCCUGAUAACGAAUUUCUGACACAGCUCUCGAUUGUGUCGAGAUUAAAGCAUGAAAAUUUUGUGGAAAUGCUUGGCUACUGUGUGGAAGGAAAUCAACGUCUGGUAGCCUAUGAAUUUGCUACGAUGGGUUCUCUACAUGAUAUUUUGCAUGGAAGAAAAGGUGUCCCUGGCGCACAGCCUGGCCCAGCACUUGACUGGAUGCAGCGAGUCAAAAUUGCUAUAGAUGCUGCUAAAGGGCUGACAUAUCUUCAUGAGAAGGUUCAACCUUCGAUAGUCAACAGAAGGAGAAUGGUUUGGCUGGAUGGCAACGGCUAAACAAACUUGGUCCAAACCCAUGUUCAUGGAAGUGUUCACCACAGCAAUGAUCUUCAGAGUUGUGACGCCUUCCCACAUGUCCUGGUUGUCAAGAUUCAGAGAAGAUUUCUUGUUGUUGCAACACAGGACAAAACCUGAGCUGCUAGGGUCCAUUACUGAAUUUGCCAGAGAGAUUGCUUAAGGCGCCUAACUACUUUAAUCCCCUGUAAUCAGUUAUACCUCUGAACCCUAGUACCUACCCGCUACCCAACACCACUGAUACGAUCUAUCAUACACAGAGCUAGGGGAAAGAAAAAUCAAACAGCGCUCGGU